AUGGCGAACCCAUUUCCGGGGUCAUUUGCCAGCGGCAAUGAAUCUGGCGGAUCAACCUGCACUCCUGGCGCGCCACAGUUGCCGCAGAUGCCACAGAUGCCUCAGAUGGCAUUGCUUGAAUUUUUCUUCCCAGGCUUCUCCAUGUUUGCCGGCGCGGCACAAAAAUAUCUCCAUAUCGAUCUCAGCUUGUACGUGCAUGUACUGCUGUUCGCAGGGGCUCUGACAGUUGCCUGGAACUACAUGAGCUCAUAUAUGUGGGACCAGCUUGAGACGUAUUUCAUGUCUGUUGUCGAUAUCCGGACCGACGAUGAGAUUUACAACAUUCUCAUGGCUUGGGUGGCCAACCAGAAGUUUUCGCAACGGGCCCGACGUUUCGUAGUUAACACUAAAUUGAGCUCUCGGAACCAGUAUGUUUGGGUUUGGGACUACAGCGACGAUGACGACGAGGAUGGAGAAUCCGAGAAAGCAAAGAAGAAACCUCUGUCGUACACGCCCGCUUUCGGUAGCCAUUACUUCUGGUAUCGUGGUCGCCUCCUCUUGUUUAGAAGGACGGCGAACCGGGAGCAGACUGCUGCCUUGCUGAUCAGUGAACGCGAGGAGAUAUCGCUUUCGUGCUUUGGCCGCAACCCCUGGAUCUUGAAGGAGCUUUUAAUGGAGGCUCAGCAGGUGUACAAUGCAAAGGAUGAGCACAAGACCCUUAUCUACCGUGGUACCCUCCGGCCAGGAUCUACGGAUCCCAGUUGGCAGCGUUGCAUGGCGCGAGUCACUCGGCCCUUUUCCACGGUAAUCUUGAACGAGAAGACGAAGCAAGAUCUCAUUGACGAUGUCACUGACUACCUCGAUCCUGCUACUCAGCGCUGGUAUAGCAACAGGGGUAUUCCAUACCGUCGUGGCUAUUUGCUACACGGCCCCCCCGGCACAGGAAAGAGUUCGCUUAGUCUCGCGCUGGCUGGUUUCUUCAAGCUACGAAUUUACAUCGUCAGCUUAAGCUCCAUGCUCGCAAACGAAGAAGGGCUCGCCUCCUUAUUUUCUGAGCUCCCCCGGCGCUGCGUGGUUCUACUCGAGGAUAUCGACACGGCAGGUCUCACCCACACUCGUGAGGAUAACCAGGCUCAGUCACAAGACGUGCCCAAAGAUGAACCGGAUACCGCAAACAACGAACCAGCCACCACUACUAGCAAUGAACAGACGGGGAGGUUAUCCUUGUCAGGACUGCUCAACAUCCUAGAUGGUGUAGCCUCCCAGGAAGGUCGCGUACUCAUUAUGACGACAAACCACAUAGAAAAGCUUGACCGGGCUCUUAUCCGCCCUGGUAGGGUUGAUAUGAUUGUGAAGUUUGGUCUCGCGGACGAGGAUAUGACAGCAUCUAUUUUCCGCGCCAUCCUGGGGCGCCUCGAUGACGACGAAGAGACCAACGCUACUAACAUGUUAACACUUGACCCCGAAGCUAGACAGAGGGCCGAGAAGGAGGCAGCCAAGCAACGAGCGGCGGAGGAGGCACGCAUCAAUAGCCAAGCUGCUGAAUUUGCCUCCAAGAUACCAGCGCAUGAGUUCAGCCCUGCAGAGCUGCAAGGCUACUUGAUGAAGCACAAGCGAGACCCCCAGGCCGCCAUCGCGAACGUGGAUGAUUUCAUUGUGCAAGCCCGGAAAGAUCGCAAGCAGAAGGACCUCGAGGAGGCAGAGGAGAAGCGGAAAGCCGAGGCCAAGAUAAAGAAGGAAAACAAUGAUAAAAAGGAGGCAGAAAAAGCACAGGAGAAGACGGAAGAUAAGGAGGUGAAGUCUCCAGAGGCUGCUGAGGCUGAAACGACGUCAACGGAAACAACGGUCACAUGA